UUUAAAUGAAUUACGAUAAUAUAUAUUUAAGUGAAAUUGUUUUACUGUUUAAUUAAAAUUUAAAAACUGUGGCGAUACUAUAAAUACUAACAAAAACCAAGGGGGGCAUAAAAAAAGGUCUCUUGUAAAUAGUAUAGAUGUGGAAUUACCGUGGCCUAGUGGUCAAGGUUUAAAAGUUUCUACAUCCAAGUCUGGAGUUUGAAUCUCAGGCGACGCAAUUUCUACACCAAGAGGUCUGAGUUUCAAUUCCCGGAGAAUGCAAAUUUUUAUGGCGCAAAAAAUACCGUUAGGAAUAGAUUUCACAGGGCAGCUCAUAGUGUGCAGUCAGACGUGAAUCCUUAUAAGGCAGGUAAAAUUGUCGGCUAUAAUAUCGUUCAUGUAAUGUUUCUCAUAAUUUGUAAUAGCAUAAUAACUGGACAAAAAAAAAUAGUAUACGAGAAUUACAGCUCUAUAUAUACUGAAGUUACAAAAUCAUACAACUAAUGAGGAAAAUGAAAUAUAUAAUAAAAUGAUUGUAAUGAUAGUGAGAUAUAUAGUCUUUCCUUACAUCAACUUCACACCUUUUUUGGACCCAUGUGGUAAAUCUAUAUAUAUAUAUUUCCAAUUCUAACAUAUACCCAUUCGAUUGUGUUUCUCAUUUUCCAUCUUACAUCUCACAGUACUAACCAAAACCAUGAACCCUAGUCAUGACAAACCAAUACUACUUACAUUAUUCACUCUUCUCCAACUUUCAAACCCUAUUAAUGCAUCACCAUCCCCACUCAUAACGGCUCUUUACGCCUUUGGCGACUCCACAGUUGAUUCCGGUAACAACAACUAUAUCCCUACUCUUUUCCGGAGCAACCAUUCACCCUAUGGUAGAUCCUUUCCGGCCAAACUCUCCACCGGAAGAUUCUCAGACGGAAAACUCGCCACCGACUUCUUAGCCUCCUCUCUAGGACUCAAAUCCACUAUACCAGCUUACCUCGAUCCUUCGGUGAAACCACUUGACCUUUUGACUGGCGUUAGUUUUGCCUCGGCCGGAGGUGGUUUAGAUGAUCGCACGGCCAUGCUAUCGUUGACUUUGACCAUGGACAAGCAAUGGAGUUACUUUGAGGAGGCGGUACGUAAGAUGAAGAGUGUAGUUGGAGAGUUGGAGACUAAUAGGGUGAUUAAGAAUGCUUGGUUUGUGAUUAGUGCGGGGACUAAUGAUAUGAUCUAUAACGUUUAUGAUCAUGUUCUUGGGAGUUUUAUCUCGGUUUCGGAUUACCAAGACUAUCUACUCAGAAACGUCGAAGCUUUUGUCCAGAGACUACACGACGCAGGAGCACGAAGGAUUACAGUAGCGGGACUACCACCAAUAGGAUGCCUUCCGGUGCAAGUAACACUUGGUACUGUCACUCUCCCUCGGAUCUUCCAUAAACGGAUCUGUACGGAAAACCAGAACACUGAUUCUCAGCUAUACAAUCAAAAGCUACUGAAGCUAAACUUCCUUCUCAGUCAGAGGCUUCGAGGCUCCAAAAUUCUUUACCUCGACAUCUACACUCCAAUAAUGGACAUGAUCAAACAUCCUCAUAAAUACGGAUUGGAAGAAACGUUAAAAGGAUGUUGCGGGACGGGGUUCCUUGAAGCAGGACCUCUAUGCAAGUCGUUGUCUGGAACUUGUGAUGAUGUUUCCAAGUAUUUGUUCUUCGAUUCUGUGCAUCCUACCCAAAAGGCUUACUCUGUCAUUGCUACUUACGCCUUACAAAAGUUGUUGCCUCUCCUCUAAUUUUUAUCCUGUUCUCUGCAAUUUUUUUAAAAGAAUGUUAUCACGUCCACAACACUUUUCGCAAGCUAACUGACAAAUAUAAACUUUUAAUUUUGUUACUA